AUGUAUCAUAAGCUUGCCACCAUUUUUCGUUCUCUUCAUUACCUAAAUCCCGUUCCAGACACUACUGUAUUAUCUAUUCGUACAGGACGAUAUAGUGCUUUAUUGAAUGAAUUCCCGAAGGAAUCCCACGGUCCGUAUUGGAGAGAGCCUCCUGAGAAAAGAGCCUCAUACCUACACAAGGUUGCUCUUUGGGAUCUCUGUCAGUUAUUCUAUUUCCCAACAUCUGAACAAGAAUGUUGCAGUGCCGCGUUAAUACGUUGGCUUAAGGCUACAGACAACAAAUCUGUCAUAAAAUUCUACAUUCAAGACAUUUACAACGACAAAACACCUAUACACCAUGCUCAAUUCUGGCCUGCAGUUUUCAAAUUAAUUAUUCGCGGAGAACUUCGUGCACUCACUUCAUUACUCACUCAAGCAAGAAAAAGAGUCAUUGAACAAUCUCACGAUGACAUAUUAUUACUCUUGAUAAGCACGUUCCUUCAAGCUGUGUCCAAAUUUCCUAUUCUUGAAGACCCUCCUCAGCAGAACUAUUUACAAUCAAAGCAAGCUUGGCAACAGAACUGCUUAGAACUGACAGAGAAAAUCCGAGAUUUUACUGUUGGUACUUCUACUAUAUCUGAAUUCGCCAUAUGUGUAUUAGAUGGAAUCAAACUGCUUCAGGGUGACCAAAACACUGUUAAUCGGCUUAGUGAAACAAAACUCGAAAGUCUUGUUGCCUUGGCUUAUUAUGCCUAUACACAUGCGUCAAGAUCAAAUAUACAAGGCCUUGCAAAAGAAAUGUGGACAGAUGCAGAGGUCGAAUUAAAAGAUUUCAAAAACGUGUUUCAAGGAAACAUAGAAGCUAUUCUUAAAGAAGAUAAAUUAGAUCUCUGGUACUUAUCUCAUUUAUCGGAUGUCUUGGUCCUUUUUGGAGUAGACUCCAUUAAGGAUAAACGUCAGAAUAGUGUAAUUGCAUAUAGCAAACAUUUGCUUGAUAAUGGGCUUUGGCUUGAAGCCUUGGACUAUAUGAGUACUUGCGGGUCUCAAGGAAGGGAUUGUAUGCACAAGGCAAUUCAACAACUAGACAUUAAAGAUGAAGAAAUGGCUAAAGAAUUGCUGGCAUGUUGCGAUAAUUUCUAUAUGCAUGAUGAGAAGAACAGACUUUACAAGGAAACUGGAAAUAUACUUCAAAAUUCCAGGAAAUUUUCUUCAGCUAUUUUUUACUAUGAUCAGGCUGGAGAUGCAUUAGCUGUGGAUAAUACAUUUAAGAGUGCGAUGAACAACUAUGUGAACACUGGUCAAUUAACAGACCUUGGAGAUUUGUCGCCUGAUCUCAAGGCUCGUUGUAAUGGACCUUAUGCGAAAUUUUAUCUUGGCUUCUUUGACUUACACAGCUUUAUUGAGGCCAAUGAUUACAAAAAGGCAGCUAAACAGUUGCAUGAACUACUAAAAUCUCCAUCCAGCCCAAUUGAAUUCAUCCCUAUGCUGUAUGUUCGAAGUGUCGGUUUGCUUCAAAAUCCCGCUCUGUGGUUCUCAGCUGAAGAAUAUGCUUGUUUAGAAUUGCGAUUCGAAGAGCUCAGUCAAAAUGAAGAUUUGACAGGCUACACACUGUUAGGGAACAUGCUUUUAAAGGACACGCAGCUUGAAGGAAUCAUGAUUCGAGAUACCUUCUUUGAUCUUCUUUCGCUGGUCUUAAAACGUUCACCAUACACCGUCUAA